AUGCACAACAUGAAAAGUCACGACUGUCACGUUUUCAUGCAAAUACUGCUACCUGUUGCCUUUAAAGAACUUCUUCCUAAGAACGUUUGGGAGGCAAUUACAGAGUUAAGUUUAUUCUUCAGAGAAUUAACAUCUCGCAACAUCUCAAUAGAUGAUAUGGGAACCCUGAGUGAGAAGAUAGUUGUUACUCUAUGCAAACUUGAGCGUAUCUUCCCACCGAGUUUUUUUGACUCAAUGGAGCACCUACCUGUUCAUUUGGCAGAUGAAGCACGACUUGCCGGUCCAGUGCAGUAUCGAUGGAUGUAUCCUUUUGAACGAUAUUUGAGGACAUUGAAAAAUCAUAUAAAAAACAAAGCCAAGGUUGAGGGAUCCAUCAGCAAUGCAUAUAUACUAGAAGAAAUGUCAACUUUCUCUUCGUAUUACUUUGAGGAUCAUGUGACUACAAAGUGGAGAAAUUUGCCUCGCAAUAUUGAAGAACCUAUUGCCGAGAAUGAUGAUCCCAAUAUACUCGCAAUAUUCAAAUCAGCUGGACGUCCGAUUGGUCGAACGACAAGGAGAUACAUGGAGCCAAAAGAAUACAUUGCUGCACACAUGUAUAUUUUGAGCAAUUGUGCUGAGGUUGCAGACACAUAUAUCAAGAUCUUCGAGGGGGAAAUGCGAUAUGCAAAUCCUUCAAUCACCGGAGCGGAGUUAGAGGUUGCAUAUGAUAACAAUUUUCUUGUGUGGUUUAGCCAUUAUGUGAGUCGUCCUUUUAACGAUGAUUUGAACCCGUAUGUUAAGUCGCUUGCAGCCGGGCCUUUAAAUGAGAUUGAAACGUACUCCGGCUAUUUUGUGAAUGGCUAUAGAUUUCACAUUACUGAUCGUGAUAGGGACAGUGCGACUAUGAACAGUGGAGUUUGUAUUAAAGGCUCGGUCUAUGACAGAGAUGUGCUAGACUUUUAUGGGCGUCUGCAAGAGGUUUGCGUGCUGGAGUACCCAGGGUAUCCAAUUAAGAAGACAGUCUUGUUCAAAUGUGAAUGGUUUGACUUGUCGGCUCAGGGAACUUCUAUUGAUACGGACUUCAAGUUGGUUUCAGUUAACCAUACAAGAAGAUAUAAGAAGUAUGAUCCCUUUGUUUUAGCGAGUCAGGUAGUUCAAGUGUUUCACUGCCCAUAUCCCAGUAUGAACCAAUCAAAGAAAAACUGGUGGUCAGCAUGCAAGGUCAACGCAAGAUCAAAUGUUCAGGUCUCUACUGACGCAUUUAAUUCAACAUUAGAUCAACCAUUCCAAGAAGAGGUUGUUACUAUUAUGUCUACCCACACAACUAUAGACAUUGACCAACCACUUCUUCUUCAUCCCCUCGGUGGAAUCGUCGACAUUGACGAUGACGAUGAACCAGAAUCAGAUGAUCAACCGUUGACAUCUGAUGACGACGAUAGUGAUGAUGAUAAUAGUGUUGUAUUUGAUAAUGUAUUUGUUUGUACCCAGUAUUUGACAAUGUAUUUGUUUGUUUGGUUGAUGGAUAGUGGGGGUUAUGCUGUCGAAAUUUCGUUAGAUUCAAGUAACAUGUCUCGUCGUAGAAGUAUAUUUUCGUUUGGUGGAUCUAGUCGGUCUGAUCGAGAUGAGCAGCCGAUUGAUGACACAUCUGAUGGGUCCGGUACAGGGAUUUCUCCGACUCCUGAGACUCCCCAGGCCUCUAGUAGUUCACGAGCUAGACGGCCCAGAGGCCCUACAGCUGCCGACAUCAGGAACAGCUCGACUAAGGAAGCACAUGGGAGGAUUGUCUUUCAGAGGAUGCCUAAUGGUGCUUUGAUGGAGCCAGUGGGCCUGGCCAAAGCCUGCACUAAAGCAUUUAAGAGGGUGGAUAACCCAGGCGGGUACACUUGGAGGUUGACUCCCCCGGCUGUGAAGGAUUCGUACUAUGCCGAAUUACAGAAAGAGUUUGCUUGGUCGCCGGAGGACGAGCUAUUGGUCAAGGCGAUGUGGGAACAGAAAGCUAGCAAGAGGUACAGUGACAUGAUGAGUGACUACAAGAGGAAGCUCAGGACUAGUACCGAUGAAGGUCGGGAGAUGGAUAGACCCCUCUGGAAGUCUGCCAAAUUCUGGACAGGACUCCAGGCAUACUGGAGUCAGGAGGCUGUUCAGGCCGUUUCCCAGCGAGCACGUGCGAACCGAAUGUCUGAGCCCGAUGGACCCGGUACAGGGAUCAGCAGGCACAGCUUGGAGAUUGGACUCCCCCCGGCUGCACAGAACUAUAGCACCUUCCUCCGCCUCCACAUGCGCGAGGAUGGAACUUUUCUGUCACCGAGGGAUGAGAUACUAGAUGCGGAGAUUCGUCGCAUUGCUGUUGAGACUGGGCGAGAGGACCGGCUGCCUGAGAUCUACUUGGAGGUCGUACGGCCCGACAGGUCCCAGCUCUACGGCACUGGAAGUGCCGGUAGGAGCCAGGUUAGUAGGGGGUCUUCUCAAAGAACAGGCACUUCCAUGAUGUCUCAGCAGCUGUAUGAGACACGGAUCUCCACGCUGGAAGAGCGCCUUCAGGCCGAACAAGCACCACGUGAGGCCGAACGAGAGGCUUCUCGAGCAGAACGUAAGGCCCUCGAGCAACGUAUGGCUCAAUUCGAGGAGUUCAUGAGGCGGUCGGGUCAGCUACCUUGA